GCGCAGAGCCCCAAAAGCAAAUCCUUCCUUGUCACCACCGUAGUACCUGUACCACACCCAAGAGAAGAGAGGGAGAGAUUCAGGAAAAAAAAAAAACAAGAAGAAGAAAACCUCGGCCGGCGCAGCCAAAACCCUCCUUCACUCUCUCUCCUUCAACACUGAGCUGAGCUCCACACUCCGCGCCGCCAUCCAGCCAAAUGCCCCUCCUCCGCGGCGGCCUCGUCUCCGUCGUCCUGCUCCUGCUCGCCUCCCCCUUCUUCUUCUCCGCCAACCCCGCAGCAACCGCCGUCGGAGAUUGCCCUUUGGAUUUUAGUUGGGCCAACUUCACAUUAGCUUCAGCCGCGUGCUCUGAUCCCACGCAGCGGGCGGCAUGCUGCCGAUACAUCAAUGCAUUCGUCGCCAUUUCCAUGGCUCGCUACGCCAAUGCCACCGGCAGGCUGGGUGUCCCUCCGGCCUUCUCUGAGAUAUGUCUUAGCUCUGUAUCCGAGACAUUCAAGCUACGGGGAAUCCCCACCGAUGCUGAUGUCUUCUGCGGGCUGGGACCCAAGAUAAGGGUCUCAUAUCAGUGUGCCGGACGCGACACCGUCCUUGAAAUGUUGCAAUCCCCAAAUUUCAAUGACGUUGUUGGAAGCUGCAGGGGUCCUCUAUCCUUGGAUAUCACUUGCAAGACCUGCUUGAAUUACGGCAUUGUUUACUUGCAUCGCCUCAUUGGCUCGGAUGAUAACGUUGGUCUUAGCGUCUGUCGGAACGCGGUUUUUGUCACGCUUGCAACUCAACAGGGCAUUUUCUCUUACGACGACAUUGUCAAGUGCUUCUUCGGUGUACAAGGGAUCACAAUUUUUCCAGGGCCAUCAUCUGUUACAUCGACUCCAGCUUCUUCUCCAAAUGUGACAACCCCUGUUGAUGCUCCAGCUCCAAAGACCAAAACUGUUCUGCAGAAACAUCACCAGCCUUACCGGAUUACAGUGAUACCUGGGAUAGGGAUAGCGGUUAUAUUGCUUGCUGUUCUGCUCCAACUUGUCUUAGUCAUAUUGAUUCGUAGAAAGAACAGGGAAUUGAAAAAUGCAGACCUUCAUGCUCAGAACCCAGAAAAUGCAUUCUGUCAGAGUCAAUCCUGGAGAUGUCCAGAAGGUCAAUCACCAAUGUUCCAAAGGUACAGUUACAAAGAGACAAUGAAAGCAACGAACAAUUUCAGCACAGUUAUUGGAAAGGGAGGUUUUGGAACAGUCUACAAAGCUCAAUUUAGUGAUGGAUCUAUAGCUGCCGUAAAAAGGAUGGACAAGGUAUCAAGACAAGCUGAGGAAGAAUUCUGCCGAGAAAUGGAGCUUUUAGCUAGGUUGCAUCAUCGCCAUCUUGUAACCCUCAAGGGCUUCUGUAUCGAAAGGAAAGAAAGGUUUCUUGUCUAUGAGUACAUGGCAAACGGAAGCCUAAAGGAUCACCUACACUCAUCUGGAAGAAAGGCAUUAAGCUGGCAGUCUAGACUACAGAUUGCAAUGGAUGUGGCCAAUGCUCUGGAAUAUCUCCAUUUCUUUUGUAACCCUCCACUCUGCCAUAGAGACAUCAAGUCGAGCAACAUUCUUUUAGAUGAGAAUUUUGUUGCCAAGGUUGCUGAUUUUGGCCUUGCACAUGCAUCAAGAACUGGCGCCAUCAGCUUUGAAGCUGUCAACACAGAUAUAAGAGGGACCCCAGGGUACAUGGAUCCUGAAUAUGUGAUAACUCAAGAAUUGACAGAGAAGAGUGAUAUAUACAGCUAUGGUGUGCUCCUACUGGAGCUUGUUACUGGUCGGAGAGCAAUCCAAGACAGCAGGAAUUUGGUUGAGUGGGCACAGGGACACUUAUCAUCCGGAAAGAUCACACCUGAAUUUGUGGACCCAACGAUCAGGGGCUUGGUUGACAUGGAUCAGCUGCAUUUGGUAGUUAGCAUUGUCCAGUGGUGUACCCAGAGAGAAGGGCGGGAGAGGCCAUCCAUUAGACAAGUACUCAGGAUGCUCUCGGAGAGGCUGGAUCCAGGGAAUGGCAGCUUUGGCGAAGGCAUGGAAGAUGCAGAAGGGGGAUUUUAUCCUCGGAACAGCAAAUGUGGCGUCCACCGGAACGAGCUGAUUCCGCACAGUGGCGACAUGAGGUCUCUCCAUUCCUCCUCGAGCACAACAAGAUCCUACUGCAGCCGCAGCAUGUUACUUGAAUGUGGCCAGGCUCACUCUCCGCCGGAAACCCUAUGACUCCACGUCAUUGCGGUUCACUUGUAGCCAUGAAAUUUUUGCUCUAUCAUAUUCUUGAGGCCUCUCUGUUGCGUACGUGCUUUCACGGUGAAGCAAGUCAUAGCAUCCGACUUAUACCGAGAGCAGCUUCUGGUGAAAAUUAAGUUUUGGUGAGAGUGAAUUGGCAGAUGGUAUGAUGUGCAAUUUGCUGCUGUCUGUGUAGUGUGGUUGGUUGGUGUGGCAAAGUCAGAAGCCAGAAGCGAAGACUACUGUUAUUAUUGGUUGAUACUGGAGGCAAAACCAUGCAUGCACAUACUAUUAUAUGGUGUUGCAGAUUAAUUUUACCAGAUCUGCUGUUCUGGUUUCUCAAGUCUGUACUUUGCAAUUCUUUAUAGAACUGUUACUGCGACGGUGUGUUUUCUUGUUUGUAUUUUUUUUUUCUUUUGCUGUGAGACAUGUCACUGUGAGCUUGUUGGCAAAUGGUUGCAAGCGGCACGAGGUUUUGGGCCAGUGGGCAGAGAAACAAAUCCAGACAAAACCUCGAGAUCCCAUCCUUGCUGGAUGCAUGCUGAUGAUAUAUGCUCCUUUUCUUUUGUUUCUCUGAUUGCUGUUAGUUGUUGAUGAGAUGGAGAUGGAGAUGCAUAAACUA